AAUCCCUCUCUUCUUUCGGGCCUCAAAAGAAAAAUGAUCAUCCGAUUCCAUCUCCCAAGUCAAACUCCCCGUCUCAUCCCUCACUCCUCAAAACCCUCCAAAACCCCACGCUGCUCCCUCACUCCCCUCCCCAAACCUUCUCUUCCCAACUCCGACGCAGGCCUCCUCUUCCGCGAGAAAAUCAUAUACCUCGAGAACCUCAACGUCAACUCCCACAAGGCCCUCCGGUUGAACCCAGACUUCCGCGCCGCCCCACUCGCCUCCCUCAUCUCCGUCGAGCGCUGCCUCUCCUCCUUCGGCAUCGGCCGCUCGUCCCUCGGCCGCAUCCUCGACAUGCACCCGCAGCUCCUCACCUCCGACCCCCAUUCCGACCUCUACCCAAUCUUCGAUUUCCUCCUCAACGAGGUCCCCGUCCCCUUCCCUGACCUCCCCAAGUCCAUUAUCCGAUGCCCCAGACUCUUGGUCUGCAGCGUCACUGAUCAGCUGAGACCCACCUUGUCUUUCUUGAGAAACUUGGGCUUCGUCGGACCCCAUUCCCUCAACUGCCAAACCACAUUGUUGUUGGUUUCCAGCGCCGAAGGUACCCUUUUGCCCAAGAUUCAGUAUUUGCAAAGUUUGGGGCUUUCGUAUGAGCAAGUGGUCAACAUGGUGAUAAGGUCACCUGGAUUGUUGACGUUUAGUGUAAGGAAUAACUUUUCGCCCAAGGUAAAGUAUUUCUUGGAGGAAAUGAAGGGGGACAUAGCGGAAUUGAAGAGGUUUCCGCAGUAUUUUUCGUUUAGUUUGGAGGGGAAGAUUAAGCCCAGGCAUAGGCUUUUGGUCGAGUACGGCUUGACGCUUCCUUUAUCCGAGAUGUUGAAGGUUAGCGAUGGAGAGUUCAAUGCGCGGUUGAUCGAGAUGCGGUUACGGUCGAUGGAUGGCAGGUAGUUUUAGUCUGUAAAAGUUGAGUGGUGCUUUAUAUUUUUUGUUAAUUAAUUGACAGUGAGAAUGUGAUUAUUGUAGCGAGAUUAGUGAUGUAUGUUAUGUAUGUUUCUGUGGACAAGCUUACAGUUUCUACAAGAAAAGAAAGAUUUUUGAGUUUC